GCCAGGUGUGUUGGAUUCUGCGACGACGCUCAUUUGACGCUUGCUCGCUACAGAAUUCCUCGAGGUUCUCUCGAAGAUGUGCCAGCUUAUGAGAUUCAAGCUACAAAAGUGUGCAGUUCUGCGUACACCGCAUUUUAUAUGCGGACAUUAGGUGUAUACCGCACGAAUCCACGUGUGAUUAUCCAGUUUCUAGUGAUAGCAUCCUAACUCCGUUUGGCGGUACAUAGGAUCGAUGCCACGAAUCCACGAUCAACAUUACUCUACAAAACAACGGUCCAAUCAUUAAUAUGGAAGGAUUAACACACACGCUAAGAAUUUUAUGCUUUGUAGCUUAGUGUCAAAUAUGCAAGUAAAUCAUAAGUGUCGUGAGUGUAAACAACAAAGCAUCAGUGAACAUUUUUUCUGAAUCGUCAAAACACACAUUACUUAUUUGAUUCUGUCUCAGUUAAAUAAACUGAAAACCACAAGUAUGUCAACAUAAAACAAUGUAAUAAUACAACUAUACAUUAAAAGUGGAGUGCUAAUCAUAUACAGUGUUGUUCCUGUGUUGUUUCCGUUCCUUACUUACUUUCGCCAUUGUGGUUUUUACCGAAACAAUUGAAAUCGAUCAGGAGCCUUAACUCAUCGGCAAAAUCUUAUUGCAUCCAUCAACACACAUCAUCUAUCAAAGCACUGUAUCAAUUAUCAAAAGAAUACGUUGUCGCUUCGAACAAGAAAACAUCGAUCUUGUGAGGGUGCUGCUGCUGUUGCAUUGAGAGCAUAGAAAGCUGCUGCAGCAAAUACUGCAAGGGUGGCGCUACACUCGACUGAAGCCCUGAUGGCGGGCUUUCUGAAGUCCACUGACCUUGGGCCGCAUCCGCAUGGUUACGGAACCGGUCACCAUCCACAUCAUGCACAUCCGCAUGGACCUCUACCGCCCGGAAUGCCUAUGACAUCAUUAGCCCCGUUUGGUCUUCCUCACGGGCUUGAUGCUGUAGGAUUUCCGCAAGGUAUGUGGGGUGUUAACCCCCGGAAACAACGUCGAGAACGAACAACAUUCACAAGAGCGCAACUCGACGUUCUGGAAGCGCUUUUUGGGAAAACACGAUAUCCCGAUAUUUUUAUGCGUGAAGAGGUAGCCCUGAAAAUAAAUCUUCCCGAAUCCAGAGUGCAGGUGUGGUUCAAAAAUCGACGUGCCAAGUGUAGACAACAACUACAACAUCAGACAUCCUCAAAUUUGAAUAGCAGCAAAUCUUCGGGAAACAACACGAACGGCUCUGCUCGUCAGUCGAGCAGUGGAUCGGGGUCAGGUGGAGGUUCCUCCAACGGCUCUGCGGGCAGCUCUUCAGUUACCAGUGGUGCCAGUAACAACAGCAGCAAGAGCUCAAUCGUGAAUGCUAAUAAUAAACCAACGAUAAAGCACACGCCGAUGAAUAGUCAUAGUCACAGUAACAGUCACAGCCAGGGAAGCAGUGGGCAACCAGGAGGAUCAUCGGGUGGGGCAGGACCUACGAGCAAUAACGGUCAGUCUAACGCAGGCGUCCCUAGCCACAGCAGCUCUCAGCAUGGGCUAAGCCACAGUAAUGGCUCCCCUAUUCUACCGAUCACUCCAUCAACCUCUGUGAGUCCACCAAUCAAUGUGAUCUGCAAGAAGGAACAAAACUCAUCCUUCCACCACGGUAGUGCUAACACAGGUAACGAAGCAGCCAUGAAGGCAGCGGCUGCGGCAGCUGGCUAUGAAUUGUUGAAAGAGUCUGAAUUGAACCUUGCACAUCACUCUUCCACUACUUACGUCAACAUAAACUCGCGACUAGGCCAGUCACUGGGUGCGGGUAGUGGUAUCUCCGGUACUGUUGGCGGUGGCUCGCUCGGUAGUUCGAUUGGUGGAACGAUUAGCGGAGCUAUUGGUGUGGUAGGCAGUGGUGGGCUUGGUAAUGGUCCUUCGGCUGCUGGUAAUUUGACUCCACUAGGUUCAAACUCUUCUAUUAUGACUACGCCGUCGCCACCGAUUACUCCGCAGACUUCUCACAAUCCUUUGUCGUAUGUGCCCAAUCAUGAAACGUAUAAUUUCUGGCACAACCAGUAUCAACAGUACCCAAAUAACUACAACGCGCCGUCCUACUACACUCAGAUGGAUUAUUUCAACAAUCAAAACCAAGGGAAUUACAAUAUGGGGCAUACCGGAUACAGCACCUCUGCCAAUUUUGGGCUUGCUUCCACAUCAGCCCUAGCCGGUCCCAUGGGUGCACAGACCUUUAGCCCAAAUGGUCUCGACUAUAUGAGUCCCCAAGAUAAAUACGUCAAUAUGGUAUAAGCUACAGAAUAUUAAAAGGACGAAAAUUGUCAUUUCUAAUUAAUGUGUUUUAAAAGUUUUCUAAGGUACUAGAAAGCUGUUCACCAUAACAUACCAUAUCAUGCCAAUUCCAUUUCUGCGUUCUGCUUAAAAAAUGAGCUCUUAUAGCAGUAGUCAAAAGAAAAUCAAGCUUCAAACCAUAUCAGAAAAUGAAAGUAUGAGAAAAUUUUAGUUUAAUGUUCAAUUUGAUUUUUUUUAUGAUUGGUUAUCUUUCCGAAUCCUCCCAUCCCUAGUUCCACAAUCUUGUAUACUUGAGUGUUACACGUAGUAACGGUAACAUGACUCAAAAAUAGCAAAGAAAAACUGACAUACUAUUUAUUUCAUUUGGUUAUAUGUAACAAAUAUCAACAAAUCAUAUCAUUAGUUUUGCUGUCCACCAUACUUGCUUUCCCGAAGACUCUUCCUUCAACGUAUGCUGUCCAUGUUCAUUACAUAUUUGCAUUAUUUUAAUAGGAAAAGAGUUCCCAUGGAAUACCUCUUUUAUAAAUGAAAUAAGGAAAAACUAUGUUUGUUUCAAAAAUAAAACGGAUAACUUAUGGAUAACAUGAAUAUUUUGAGCAAAUCAGUUCUAGCCAAGUUUUACUUUUGAAAUUCUAUAUUUUAUUGGGUUUCCAUUUAAAAUUUAAGUAAGCUAUAAACAUUGUUUGCACUCGGCUAUUGUUACUGGAGAGAUUUAACGGUUGAACCACAUGCCACAAUCGGAGAGUUCAGGAAUGAGAUCUGGGUGUAACAAAGUAGUGCAAUUGUAUUUCAACACGGUAUAAACUAUAACCGAUUGUUAAAAUCGUUGAUCAAUCUGAAGGUCUCGAAAUUGUAAAAGGAAGCUCUGAGGAAAUUUUAAAGGCAAGCAAAGUACAAGAACAUCAUAGAUUAAAAGUUGAAAUUUCUUCAAAACAUAUCUCUGGUUCAUACUUGGUAUGAGCCCGGUAAAAUGAAUAGUUUGAAUGUUUUUCAAAAAGUGAAAGAUUUGUCAUUACGUCGUGAGUAUUUCAUGUUCGAUAUCCAUGAACUCCCAUCCGUAUAAGCCAUAAGUUAUUCGUGUGAGACAAGGUACGAGAACAAAAAAUAUAUGUAGGUAUUAGCGGUGGAAGCGAUGGAACGACAUUCGCAGAACAAUAUAUGGAAAUUUAAAACAAAUCUCUAACACUAGGAAACACUAUUUUUCUCUUUUCAUUACGGGACGAAAAUGGCAAAGGAAGCAAAAAUAACAUUAAAAAAGAAUGAAACGUUAGAAUCAGAGUGAGACACGCCAUUCAUGGUUACACGGCGAAGUUGGGCAAUGCUAGGGAAAGCGAUGAUAAAAAAUAAUACGUUUAGGGAUGUUAGAUUAAGGCGCUAUUGUGAGUUAUAGUAGUCAGAUGAGUAAAAGGGUUUUCUGUAAAAUAUGGAGUGCAUUGAGUUUAGUUUGCACGUAAGACGGUCGUUGUUUUCAUUUGCGACGGCGGACUUGUUUCCAGCACACAGAGAGAUAAACAAUAAUUAAGCUCAGUUAUAGUUCCAACAAUCUAGGAAAAUCCAAAUUCGAAUGUUAGACGGGGAGAAAAAAAAACACCCAAAAAGGACAUUAACGCAAUUAUUUUUCAAAAAGAACAGUCGGAUACUAACAUUGAAUGCAAACGAUGUUAAUUACUAUUCAUGAACGCAUAUUUGAUUUAAUUAUGGAGAUAGAAGUCUAAAAGAUGUAAAAAAUCGAAAAUUCGAAAUGAUGAAGUGAAAAAGUAUCACGCUCAUAAAAGAUCAAACCAAAAGCAUUUCUCGGAGAGCCAGUCCUCGUCGUAGAAACCAUAUUUUCCAGAAAUGUCACAUCCUAACUAAUCACUCCAUUGCUACCAGCUCAUGGUUGUAUAUAGUACUCUAUCGUAUUAUUGAAAA